GGAUCAUGGCGGACCACAUUCAAAUUAAAUUCCAAUAACGCUACCCAUUCCUAUUCAUCUCCACCAACGGACGCGCACCAGUAAUUCAAAUAUGGGGCGGGCCAAUCUAGAUAGUAAAUUCAAACUCAUGCCUUCAUUUAUAAGGAAGAAGGUUUUCAUGAUCAGCAUUUCAUGCACCUUUUGAUCGACGUUUUGAUGACAUUGUUUUUGGUUGCUAUUCGGUACAUUCAAGUGCAACCAGCUAAAACAGAAAGAGUGUCGCCGGGAAGUCGGAAUCAAAGGUCUUUCGAUCGAAUCUCCGUCGGAGCUCCGUCCGGCGCCUUUCUAAGAGCUAUCACCGUGGCUUCUUCCGGCCAACAACAAAGGCAACGUCAGAAUCUCAUCCGUAGGAAGUCCGAUUCGCCGUCGUCUGUCUGGAAUCCGACUGUUUCCGGCCCCAGCAGGCCAGUGUAUUCUGGAUCCGGAACCCCCGAUUUGGACCUCCCGUUUUGGCAAAGGACCUGGUUCAUAGUGUUCCUGUUUGUUAUGGCGCUCUCUUGCUUCGCAUUCGCCAUUGCUCUCCUCCUCACCCUAGAUUCCGAUUAUUCCACCAGCCCUGCCUCCGCCGCAUCUGAAGGAGUCCAGAUUACUUAUGGAUCAACAAUCAAGUUGAUGCACGAGAAGACAAAGGUCCGGUUGCAUUCACAUGAUGUGCCGUAUGGUUCUGGCAGUGGGCAGCAGUCCGUCACCGGUUUUCCAAGUGUAGAUGACGCCAACAGCUAUUGGAUCGUUAAGCCUGAACCAGAGUCUUCGGCAAAGCAAGGAGAUGCUAUUAAAACAGGAUCUAUUAUUCGACUGCAACAUAUGAGGACCAGGAGAUGGUUGCAUAGCCACUUGCAUGCAUCUCCGAUAUCUGGCAAUUUGGAGGUGAGCUGCUAUGGGGAUGACAAUGUGUCUGAUACAGGGGACUUCUGGAGACUUGAAAUAGAGGGAAGUGGGAAAACAUGGAGGCAAGAUCAGAAGGUCAGGCUUCUUCAUGUGGAUACUGGAGGGUAUUUACACAGCCACAACAAGAAGUACACUCGUAUAGCCGGAGGACAGCAAGAGGUUUGUGGCGUAAAAGAGAAGAAACCCGAUAACAUAUGGCUGGCAGCAGAGGGGGUAUACCUUCCAGUUCAUGAGGCCAAAAACUCCUAAUGUCUUUUGCAUAAUUGGGAGCUUUUAUCUUCACAUAACUUCACUGUGUCAGUAAACUUUCCCCCUCUUUUUUGUGAGUUAUAUAGCUUAGGUAAUGGUUUUAAUUCUCUCAAGAGUGAAAGAGAUAUAUAUGAAGCAAUUCUAAAACUGCAUAUGGUACUUAUAUGUUGGGCAGGGCAACCCUUAGGCUGCAAAAUGUAUUCAAGUCUUGGCACUAUACCAAUGUGUGGUUCACGUCUGUUAUUAUUAUCAUAGUAUGGAGUAUUAGAGUUUGUUCUCUUCAAAUUUUUUUUACUAAUUAUUUAUUUUUAUUAGAAGAAGAGUAAAUAACUUUAAGUAUA